AUGUUGCUUAAAAUUACUGCAAUAUUUUCAUUCGCUGCGAUUGCUCUGGCUGCGACAUCAGCGCAACUCGAUUCUUCAAAUUUCCACCAAUCGAUAUCAUCGGGAACUUGGUUAAUCGAACAUUAUACGCCAACUUGCAGUCACUGUAUCGCUUUUGAAUCAACUUGGAAUCAGUUGAUCGCUCAUUUCGAGCAAGAUGUCCAUUUUGGUCAAGUUGAUUGCGAUUCCUCGGAAGACAUUUGCAAAGAAUACGAUGUAAAAGUUACACCUGCUCUCUCUUUCUUCAAGGAUGGCGUAUUAUCAGAGCUACAUGCUGGUAGUAAUGCUUACAAAGACCUAGCAAACUACAUUAAAUCCCAUCUCAUCUCUUUGCCAAGCUACUCAGAAUCCUCUCCACCAAACCCAUACGGUGAGGUUACUCAGCUUUCUGACAGCAACUUUCAAAAUUAUGUUGGCAAUGAAGGCGAUGGAAAGAUCGUCUGGAUCAAAUACUUUGCUCCUUGGUGUCCUCAUUGCCAACGUCUCGCUCCGGUUUGGGAAGAACUCGCCGAAAAAUUCAGGGGAAGACUGAAUAUUGCAUCAGUUGAUUGUGAACAACAUCACAAGCUAUGCCAGAAUGAGAAAGUCAGUAGCUACCCUACAUUUACAAUGUACUCAGAUACCAACAAAAAAGUCUACAAAGGCGGUAGAAAUUUGAAAAAGCUGACAGAAUUUGCUGAGAAGGUGGUUCAACCAGGUAUGCUUGAAAUUACAAGUGAACAGUUUGAAACAUCAAGUGUCAAAGAGGAAAUCUUUUACCUCUUUCUGCAUUCACCCUUGAGCUCUACAAACUAUGAUCAAGUUAUUCUUGACAAGUCUAUUAGUGGCUUGAUUGGUGGACCAAGAAUAUACAGAUCGAAAGACGAUAGAUUAUUUGCUAAAUACGGGUUCAAUCUCAAUGAUGGCAGCGUAUUCCUUGCUUUCAAAGAUAACGAUUUGAACACACCUGCAUCAAAAGUAAAAUUGACAGACUUUGGUAGUCUGAAUGAUGAAGCGAAGGACAAUGUAACACAUGCGGGCGUGAAGGAGCUUACUGAUUGGCUCAAAUUCAAUUCUUUCCCGACAGUUGUAGACGCAUCAACCGUUUUCAAUGAGCUUUUGAACGCUGAUACUCAGCAGUAUCUGGUCAUCCUACCUCUCGAAGUUGACUCAGAUGAUUUUGAGUCAUCCAAGAGUAAACUAGCUGAGAUCGCAAAAGCAUGGAUGAGAGGGGGUAGAAAUAUGAUGGCAGAGCAUGGCGUUUUAAAGGGUGGUCCUGGAUCAUCGACAAUAUUCGCAUGGGUCGAUGCAAAGAAAUACAAUAGAUGGCUAUGGAAUAUGUAUGGAUAUACCCAUGAGUCCAACUCAGGAAAGGAACAUAGACAAGUCAUAAUAGCAGAUCCGAACAGGUUGGAGUACUAUAACAUGAACUUUGAUGGUCAAACUACUACGUUAGAUGGGCUUUCUAUUUUCAGCGCACUUGAGGGUGUUUAUCAAGGUCAACUCCAACCAAAGUCAUCACAGAACGCCUUUGAGUACACAAUUCAAACUCUUCAUAAGAGAUUGACAUCAUUCAAGUCGCUAGUUGAACAUCCAUUCAGAACUUUUAUUAUUAUAGUGUUGAUUGCUGUAGGUUUAGGAGUGGCAAUUUACGCAAUGUCUGGUGACUCUAGCACGAGUAUGGAUGAUGGACUUCACUUAUUUUCUAGCGGGACAGCAGGCAAAGGGAAAAGUAGCGCAAGAGAUUAUUAUCAACCAACGAACAAAGACAGCAGAAGAAUAGAUUAA